GAUUACGCUCGGAAAUGCAAAACCUCUCUUUUUAUGCUAAUCUAGUACGUUUCAUGUCUGGGUUUCUCCAAGAAAAUGAAGAAAGAGUAGAAACACAAGAAACGAGACUAGGGUUUGGUCUUUCUUCCAGGAUUUUGGUGCAAAUCAAGCAAUAAUAAUAAAAAAUUUUGGUUCCGAAGCCCGUCGCCCAAUGGCUGCAACUGCAAGCAGCAACUUUUCCGCAGCUUUUCCUCCUUUCUCUUCUCUCAGCAAGGUUAAAGCUUUUGGAUCCAUUUCCUUCUUCAGACCCAACUCUACCCCCAAAUCCUUCAGAUUGAAGAAUCCUCCCAAGCGAAGUAGAGUACCAAAGCAAGUAUUCUGUGUACCAGUGGUGUCUUGUUUGGGUGACAAUCAUUCUGAAGCAUCCUCAGAACUGGGACCUUCCCAUGUCACAGGUGAUGCUGAGGAGGCAACAACUGUUGACUUAAAACUCCCAAGAAGAAGUUUGUUAGUACAUUUCACUUGCAACUCCUGUGGUGAAAGAACACAAAGACUUAUAAAUAGGUUAGCCUACGAACGAGGGACCGUAUUUGUACAGUGUGCAGGGUGUUUCAAGCAUCACAAAUUAGUCGACAAUCUCGGGCUGGUGGUUGAGUAUGAUCUCCGGGAGGGCAGUGGGAUGAACUCGAUAUCAGAUCAAACAUGACAUGUGAAAGUGGGAUGAACUAGAAAGAAGCAGAUCAAAUUUGACAUAUGGGACUGAAAAUUGGUUAUUAUUUGAUGGCAAUACUAGUUCUAAAGAUUUGCUAUUGCAACAGUUUUAUAUGAAGUCAAUAGUUUUCUCUGCCUGUGAACAGAGAACUGAAUCUCGUCUUAAACUCAAGCAAUAGUGUGAAACGAUGGCCAGUAAGAUGAAAAUGUUGAUUGUAUC